ACAACAUUAGUGAAGAAGUACGACUAGCAGUAAUACAUUUCUGUGUAACAAUAUACUAUUAAAUUGAAACAAACAUGAAAAAUAUUUAUGUAUCAAUUAUAUUAUUUUAUUGUUUAUUUAUGGUGAGUAAAGUAAAUGGUCAAGGAAAAAAAGGUGUUGGAUCAAGUAAACAAGAUUGGGCUUAUGUUAAUGUACGAGAAGGCGUUUAUUAUUUUUGGUGGUUAUAUUACGCCACUCCAACUUCAACUUGGGAACAGAAACCUCUUUUGAUUGCACCAAGUAAAGGAAUCGGUAAAUCAGCAUCGGGUUAUAUAAAUUUCGACCAAAUCGGGCCUCUAGAUAUUGAUCUAAAUCCUCGAAAAAAUUCAUGGCUUGACAAUUACAAUAUAUUGUUCAUCGAUGAUGUUUUGGGUUGCGGAUUCAGUUACGCUGAUAACGAAACUUAUUAUGCAUCAACCAAUGACCAAGCGGCUGAUGAUCUCUUCAAAGUUAUUAAUCAUUUCCUGAACAAACUUCCGCAAUUUAGAACAAUUCCAACUUAUAUGAUGGCUGAAACUGUUGGGACUCAAAUCGCUGCUAAAUCUGCAUUAAUCUGGGCUCAAGCUCAAGAAAAAAAUCUUAUUGAAAGUAACUUCAAAGCCGUUGUUUUAGGAGCUCCGUGGAUUUCGUUAACUGACGUAGCCAAUUAUUGGAAAUCAACUUCUAAUAGAGAUAAAUUUAAUAAAGAAGAAUUAGAAGAAAUCAAUAACCAAGUAAAAGAAAUACAUGAAGCUAUGGAAGUAAAAGAUUUAAGUUCUGCGUUCAUAUUGUUCGUAACUCUAGUAACUCAUAUUCAAGGAUACUUAAACCUAAACAAUAUGUAUAAUUCAUCACCAAAAGUAACGACUAACUAUUCUGACUAUAUAGAAGACGAUACUGAAUUGCUAAAUUUUAUGAAUAAUUACGUUAAAAAUGUGUUAGAACUCGAUCACGAGUGGACAAUUAAAGCAGACAUUACUGUCAUUAAUAUUUUUAUGGAUAAUGCUAUGGAGUCUAUUAAAGAAACAUUCAAUCAACUGCUUCAACAAACGGAUCUUCGAUUAAUAAUAAUCGCUGGUAGUAAUGAUCUUUUAAUUCCUCCAUCUUGUGUUGAGUCGUGGGCUAAUAAUUUAGACUGGGCUCACAAACAAUCAUUUCAAGAAACGAAGCCAGUUAAUAUCAAUGGCGAAAUUUCUGUCAGAAAAUAUAAAAACUUGGAAUAUUAUCUUAUAGAAGCGGGACACUUGUUACUAUUGGACAACCCACAAGAUUUUAGAAAAAUAAUGGAAGAAAUGACAAGAAAGAAAUAGCCAGAGAUAAUAACAAGCUUGAAAAAUAUAUAAUUUAAUUAUUUUUAGAAACUAUUUUCUAAAGAAAUUUUAUUGUAUUGCUAAAAUUAUGUCGAAUGAAUAAUUGUAAUGGACAAUAAAUAAAUUGUUUGAAAU